AACGAAUGUUCGGAACCUUGGCCUUGGUCGGAAUGAAAUGGUCCUAGCGGCAACGCCCCAGCCAACUGAUCUGAUUGUGCACACGACGUGUCUUCGUCACACUAUUCCAUCGCUCCUCGACACAUCACCAACACCUCAAGUGUAAAUGUCGAACUCGACGGCGACGCGAGAGACCAUUAAAUUGAAUCAUAUCGAUCCCGAUCGACUCGCGCCUGAAGAUGCCUACAACAGCGAGGCCUCGCGAGGACCCCUCGCUGUUGAAGCGGCAAUGAGCGCCAGAUGGAGGCGCGAAAGAACGCGCAGUGCGAGUCGCCGCAGGAAGGGUAAUUACAAGAAGCUGUUAUGGUUCAAGCAACCAUUUCCCGAUAAUUACACAGAUGAGGAGACCUUCCUUGACCAUUUACAACGCAACCCCCGUCUUCAACCCUAUGAGUUCUGGUCGCUCAUGGCCGAUUCGACCGUCAUCGUGCAGCAUAUUGCGUCUGUCGCUAUAUUCUGCUGUUGCUUCGUCGCCAUCGUACAAGAACGGGUUUCUCCCAUAUCGGUAGUAAGCUGGGCAAGCUUCUGUACUGUGUUAGCAUGGGCUCUUUGGGACUACUGGUUGGGCGAAGAGGAGGCCGAAGCUGCAAAAGCGGCCGCGGACAAACAGGAAAAUGGUGUCGAGGAGGUUACGAAUACAUGGUCUGGUUCAGUCUUGCCUCCGAAAGGGCCACAUGGAUCAGAGUUAGCACUCGAGAACGAGGGCAAGUUCAGACCAGUCCACUCGCACACCACUAGCACAACCUCUAUCACAUCGAAUGAGUCCGAAGCACCAAGAACGGGACAGGCGGACCCCUUGCCAGGAUCACCAACGAAACAACAGGCACCAUACGUAGACCCAACAUCAUCAAUCUCGCCACGAAACCAGCAACGCCUCGCAACUGUGAAAUCGGCGCUUCUGAUCUAUGCCGCAUUGCUGGGCUUGAGUCCAAUUCUUAAGUCUCUUACCAUGUCCACCACAAGCGAUUCGAUCUGGGCAAUGAGUACAUGGUUGCUCUGCAUGAACGUUGCGUUCUUUGAUUAUGGAGAGGGAUCGGGUUCUCAUCUUCCUGCAUCCAUUUCCACGAACUCUGCGCUGAUGGCAUCCACCGUCCUGGCUUCACGUCUACCUUCGACCACGCACGUCUUCUCGUUGACGCUAUUCUCGAUUGAGGUAUUCGGCCUCUUCCCCAUCUUCCGCCGCCAACUCCGCUCUAGGUCCUGGCAUGGGAAUCUGGUAUUGACCAUCGCAUUGGUUGUUAACGCAUGCGGAGGUGUAUGUGUGACGUUGACAGGCGGCGGGCGCGGAGCGUGGAUCGCCGGCGUAAUACUUGGUGGUGUCAUCACCUUUUUUGCCAUGGGAAUCUGCAGCUGGUGGUUGAUCGGCCUCCAGAAAUAUAAGAAUGAGAUCCGGGGUCCAUGGGACCCAGCAAGACCCAUUAUUCGGCGGCGCUGGGAUUGAUGCCUUUGGUCGUGGGCUCGGUCACGCCCGAGUUACGAUUUUCGUAUGCGCUCCAACUGCAAGAGCCAUUUUCCGGCCACGCAUCCGUUCGGGAUUUGCACGUGAUGAGCGCUCCCCAGCUUCCUCCAACCUGCUGGUGCAGAGAAUCUGGUGCUACGACCUCGAGAUGGAUUUUCCCUUUGCUUCGUGUCCAC